AUGACAACUUUCCAACAAGCUCCAAUUGGCUCAGACCUUUCUCUAGAUGGAACUAGAGUGUCUUUAUCCAAGGUCAGCUAUGGUCGACGUUAUUUUAAUGAAGAGUUGAACUAUGAUGACGACGACGACGACGACGAUGAUGAUGAUGAUGACUAUGAUGAUGAGGAGUACGAGAUAUACGAGGCUGAAUUAUUCAGCAAUGAGAAACUCUUGUCUCCUACAAAUUCAAAGGCUGUGACCAGUCCCGGAACACCGCUGAACAAUACAACAAUUGAUCGAAUACGAAAAAUAAGUCGACGUUUUGAACCAUCAUCUCCAAUAUCCAAACUAAACAGUAUAUCCAAUGCUUCAUCCUUAUCACGAUCCCUAAAUGAUAUCACCAACAUUUCAAGAACAAGCCCCAGCCGAAGUUCCAAAAGUGGGAGUCUCAAAAUUAACACAUCCUUGACUUCGAUGUAUAACAACAAUAAUAAUAGCCGAAUAUCGAUUGAACAAAAGAGAAACAAGAUUAUCGAAAACCUCAGUAAGAGAAGUUCCAAAAACUUAUCAAAUCCUUACUUCUACCAAUAUAACUCCAAUAGUACACCGCGAUCGGCACCUCCGGUAACACCAAGGAAUUCAGACUCAGAUUACACGUUUGACGAGUCAUUCGAUUUUAUAGGUGACAGCAAAGUGAAAGGGAACGUAAUACUGGACACUGUCUUGAACUAUAAUAGCUAUACCAAUAACAAUACCUUGGAAACGGUGAAUGAAGCUGCGGAAAGUGCGGAUACUGGAGAAAGUAAUGAACUUAAUAGAAUUGAAGAGGCUGAAAUUAUAGACUCCUACGGUGAUUGUGACAAUGAUAGCGGUAAUUAUGACACUGGCAGCCACAACCGGAGCAAAGACUACAAUGAUAAUAAUAAUAAUAAUAAUAAUAAUAACAAUGAUAGUAAUAACUAUGAUGAUAACACCCAUGGCACAAGUGCAGAGCUGGGAGAUGGUGAAAAGUCUGCUAAUAAUUCAAGAGAUUCAAGUUCAAGUAAUGAUCACUCCAAGUUGGACAGUAGCAAUGGCGACACCUCCGGAUCUUCGGACUCGACAUCGUCAGAUGCAAAUGGAUCGAAGCACAUUAAAAGAAUGCAGCGACAUUCAAGUGGAUUAUUUAGUGAAGUGAGUACAGGUUCUGCUAUUCUGGCAAAAGCUAAUCGGCUAACCAGUCCGCAUGAAUCUUUAAUUAAUGCAAGCCAUCAAAGAGAUUCAACGCUUUCAGACUUAACGAUCGAUACAAACCGUUUGGAUUCUUCCAAAUUGAAUUCAAAUUUAAGCUUUGAUGGCUUGUCAAAAUUGGAGGCUACAAUUGGGUCUAUACCUGAAGAUUCAAUGGACUUUGAACCAGUUAUUGUACUGAAAAAUAUGAAGAAUAUGGACGUGUCUAAUGAUGAUACCAUAGAGACCAGGUUGAAAGACGUUACAAUCAAUCCAAGCAAUAGAUCAUCGCAAUCGAUUGUAGGUAAAAACCCAUCUAGUGAUAAACUGAAGAGAAAACCACCACCACUACCUACACUGAGAGAUACAACCAUUAGCGACGGUGAAAAUACGAGGUCUACUGGAGAGUCCAUUUAUACCUCCAAUUUGAUGGAGGAUCAUUUCCAAAAAGACAACGACUUUGAUGAGAACAUCCCAACGCCGCCUUUAAAUAUCCCCCACCUUACACAAUCUAAUGAUGAGAAACCACACCAGCCAACACUUCAGAGAAUUUCCCAAAAUUUCCAAUAUAUCAGUGAUAGCAACUUGACUUCUCUAGAAUCAGUUUCCUUAGGUUCCCAGCAAAAUCUAAUACCAAGUGCCAAGAAAACUGAAAAAAACUACGAAGUCAAGGAUCCUGAAAACUACCCAAUACCAUCAUUACAUCAAUUAGAAAGUGGUCAAAACACCCCUAGUUACAACCAUCAAAAGAAAUGCAGUGAUACCCAAUGUAUUUUGUUUUUAAUACUUUCAUUACUUGCGCCACCUUUUUACCUGGUGAUUGCUCUAGGAUAUCUCGACUCCACGUUUGGCAGAUUUGACCGUAAAUACAAGAUCAUAAGUGCAGCUAUGUUUACAAUCUGUCUUAUCGGUUCGGUGGUUGGUAUAGCUGUUGGCCUGGGGGUGGGGAUGACACGAUGA